GUACGUAUCUUUCGAGACUGGAGCAUGGAGGUUACUCCUCCUUCACCGCACUUUGGAGCUUAAACCAUCCAGUAUUUCUCAACUUUAAUACAGAUUACCAGGAAAAAUACCAAGAUUUAUUUCAUGCACGAUGGGAUUUGAGGACUUUAUUAUGCCAACCAUUGAAAGUAUCAAAGAGACGUUUAGCAACCUGGAUCGGCCUAAACUUCAGCUCUUGGCACUCUCUUCUGCUGGGGUCGGAGGACUUUUGUGCUAUUUGGCAUGGAGGACAUCUCCUAAAAAGAUGACAAUAGGCGAUGGUUGGUGGGGAGCAGGUGAGAAACGUCUAAAUGAGGACGAAACUGUUUACAAGUUUGUGGUGAAGACCUCAGAAGAAGAGAUACAGGAUCUGUACAGACGCAUUGAUCAAACGCGUUACACAGACCCACUUGAGGAUUGCCGCUUUCAUUAUGGAUUUAACUCGGCAUAUCUUAGAAAUGUGGUGUCCUACUGGAGGCACCAGUUUGACUGGGGGAAGCAGGUGCAGAUGAUCAACCAAUACCCUCAUUUUAAAACCAAAAUUGAGGGAUUAGAUGUUCAUUUCAUUCAUGUGAAGCCUGCUCAGACGCCGGGACAGAAAGUUCUUUCACUCAUGAUGGUUCACGGCUGGCCUGGUUCCUUCUUUGAGUUUUACAAGGUCCUGCCCUUGCUCACUAAGACCGAGUCUGAUGUGGUCUUUGAAGUUGUCUGUCCUUCCAUUCCAGGCUACGGUUACUCUGAAGCUCCACAUAAACAAGGAUUUAACUCUAUGGCUGCUGCCCGGAUCUUUCAUAAGCUUAUGGAAAGACUGGGGUUCACUGAGUAUUGCGUGCAAGGGGGAGACUGGGGAUCCCUUAUUACCAGCAACAUGGCCCAGAUGAAACCAGAGGUUGUUAGUGGCCUUCACUUGAACAUGAUCACUGCUAAGACUAGUAGUGUUGGACUCCUUUCCAUACUUGUUGGUCGUUACCUUCCGUUCCUGGUGGGCUUCACAAAGGAAGAUGUCAAACGACUCUAUCCUUUCAUGGAAAAGAAUAUAUAUGAAAUGCUGAGAGAAUCUGGUUAUUUACACAUUCAAGCCACUAAACCGGACACAGCAGGAUGUGGACUGAAUGACUCUCCAGUUGGAUUGGCUGCCUAUAUCUUGGAAAAAUUCUCUUCCUGGACAGACCUGCAAAACAGAGACUUGGAGGAUGGGGGUUUGGAGAGAAAGUUCAGUCUAGAUGACCUUCUUACAAAUGUCAUGAUCUACUGGACCACAUGUUCCAUUAUUCCCUCGAUGCGUUUUUACAAAGAGAAUCUGAAGAGACGCAUUGUGGACAGUGUCAACAACGUGAUUGUGCCUACGGGCCUGGCUGCCUUUCCCAAUGAGCUAGUCCACUGCCCUAAAACCUGGGCUAGCUCACAGUUUAGAGAUAUUCGUUCCUACUCUUACAUGCCCAGAGGGGGACAUUUUGCUGCUUUUGAAAAACCCCAUCUUCUGGCUCAAGACAUCAUACAGUUUGUGGAGAAGGUGGAGAGUAAAAGACGCCAAUAACAACUUCGUGGCAAUUCUGCUGAAUGUAGUUAAUGUAUUUCACAUUAUUAUUUAGUCAGUCAAUUCUUAGAAAAGGAAAGCUCAUCAAGUUGUAGUUCACCAAUGUUUAUAAAAUAUAAUUGUAUAGAUUUCUUUGCAUGAUAUAUUGUCAAGACAUUUUUCUUAAUAGUUAUAAGUUUGUGAUGUGAAACUGACAUCAGUAAAAUGUAAGUAUUACUAUCACAAUCAUCUGUUUACUUACUGUUAUUAACCCUCGAAGAUUUAAUUAUUUGUGAUGAAUAAACAAAAUAAAAGCAAUAUUUAAAAAGUA